UGCGUCAUUUGAUCCUUUGUUUGAGAGAGAUAAGAUAAUGAGAGUUGAAUUUAUUCUUCUAAACAACGUUCACUCAAAUUAUCAAUGGUUGGUUCUGGUGAAAGAUGAAGGAACUUUUGCUGACUACGGCUUUCUUGUUCGGUUUUAUACCAAAGCUGGCGUACGGUACAACAUAUUUUGCCGUAUCUGUACAAUCCUACGAGAAUCCAAAAAAUCUUGUAACUCUGAACCAUGGACUCAAUCAUGACGUCAUAUGUUGUCAUCGGGAUCCAUUGACGACAUCUUGUCCUGUCGCCUGUUCUCCGUUUGUCCGUAUUUGUUUAUUCAAAAGUUCAGACAAGACGUGUGUAGGAGAAGCAAUAAGCAGUCCCCUCGGUCAAAACCAGGCGAUGAAUUUUACCGAUAAAGUGGGAAAUCUGAGCAACCCAAUUAUACUAAGCAUUCCAACAUGGGUGGCAAAGGAUCAGUACAAUAUUCAGGUGAAAUUCUAUGACAUCGGUUCCCAUUUUGAGACCAUUUUUGAAACCCAGCAACAUUUCACCAGUGCCACCACGGAUAGUGCCAAGGAGGCGGUGGAAAUCAUCAGUAAUAGCCCGGAUAAAAAUACGGGCGCAAGAGUGAAGAUCUCAUACCGUUAUUACGAAUGUAAUUCAUCUCCCGAUGGCCAUUUAGUCUGCGAUAAAGAUGGCGUCCCAUCCUGUGCUCCGAAUUUUUUUGGGACUGCAUGUAGCACUCAUUGCUUAGUUCCUUCCGGUUUGCAACAUAUGCGUUGCGACACAAAUGGCACCAUUGUAUGCAAUGACAACUACUUUGGAGAGAACUGCACCAUAUACUGUAAGCCGCCAUUGCAUGGAAUGUGUGACAGAAAUGGCUCUGUAAUGUGUGACGAUCAUUAUUAUGGUGAAAAAUGUGACACGCUAUGUUUCACACCAGAAAACAGAACCGGAUACUGUGAUUCCAACGGUACCCUCAUUUGCAACUUAGGUUGGACUGGUGAGAAUUGCUCAGUUGUUCAGAAACUGUGUGAACAUGGAGUAAGUUUUGAAGACAAGAACAGCCCGACCGGACACAAGUGUUUCUGUGAGUCGGGCUGGACGGGCCCGCGCUGUUCCGUCGACAUCGACGAGUGCAACACCACCGCCAUGUGUGUUCAUAAUAUCCGGUGUGAAAAUCGCCAGGGUGGGUACCUGUGUAUCUGUUCGACAGGAUGGACGGGUCCAAGAUGCGAUGAAGACAUUAACGAAUGCCUCCAAACGCCGUGCGUAAGAGGAAACUGUUCGAAUACCGCCGGUAACUUCAGCUGUCUCUGCGAAAAAGGAUGGACCGGUGAAAAAUGUGAAACAGAGAUAAAUGAAUGCAAUUCUCAUCCUUGCAAGAAUAACGGAACGUGUAUGGAUUUCGAUGGGUUUUACAAUUGUACUUGCCCGAUCGGUAUCACGGGGUAUAACUGCGAAACGAACAUUGACGAAUGUGCAACGUCACAGUGUAAAAAUGGCGCUACUUGUUUGGACGGGAUUAACGACUUUACCUGCCAGUGCAGACCAGGAUAUUCGGGUCGUUUUUGCGACAGUGAGAUAGACGAAUGUAAAAGUUCUCCAUGUAAAAAUCAGGCAACAUGCAUGGAUGAAAUCAACAGUUUUUCCUGCAAAUGCCCGAAAGGAUGGAAUGGUACCAUAUGCGAAAAUGAUAUAAAUGAAUGUGCAGAAAAUAUUUGUCAAAACAAUGCCACGUGCACAAAUGAAAUGGGCGACUACACAUGUAAUUGUACCAGUGGGUUCUACGGAAAGAAUUGCGAGAGUGAUUUCAACGAAUGUCUUAGCUUACCAUGUAUGCAUGGCGGAAGCUGCACUGAUAUAAUAGGAGGCUUCCGGUGCGACUGUACUCCAAAUUUUUUUGGUGACAAAUGCCAGUACACAAAUUUUUGUAGUUACGAACCAUGUAAAAACAAUGGCACGUGUAUCCAGAACAAGUCCGAAGUAAUAUGCCAUUGUACUGAAGGGUGGACGGGAUUCGACUGCAAAACGGACAUCGAUGAAUGUCAGAACGAUACUUGCAAACAUGGCAACUGUUCCAAUACCCCGGGUAGUUACAUGUGUAAUUGUGAACCUGGAUGGACUUCCCCGUCAUGCGAUCAAGACAUCGAUGAGUGCCAGAACAACCCUUGUCAGUUCAACUCAACCUGCGUGAACAUGAACGGCACAUAUGAGUGUCACUGUGCCAAAGGUUACACAGGCGAUAACUGCAGUAUGAAUAUCGAUGACUGUCAAAAUGUCACGUGUCAAAACAACGCCACGUGUGUGGAUCUCGUAGACGAUUUCUUUUGUAAUUGUUCGAUUGGAUUUGUGGGUAAAUUUUGCGCGAAUGAAACCAACGAAUGCUCAAGCAGUCCAUGUCAAAACGGAAACUGCACCGAUCUCAUUGGUGCCUACUUAUGUUCCUGUCUACUGGGAUGGGAAGGGGUCAAUUGUGAGCUUGACAUCGACGAAUGUUUGCAUGAAAAUUGUUCAACCAAUGGAAACUGUGAAAACUCACCAGGGAGUUUUCAGUGCAAUUGCACGGCUGGUUAUAGCGGCGACCAUUGUGAAACCAAUAUAAAUGAGUGUGCUUCCAACCCUUGUGAACACAAUGCAACAUGCCAAGACCAAAUAAAUGACUUUUGGUGUAAUUGUGAUCCCAGGUACCAUGGUAAAAUGUGUCAAUAUGAAAGCUUCUGCUUGUAUCAUCCGUGUAGGAACAACGGUACCUGCAAGGAAGACAAAAAUGAAUUUACUUGCGAGUGCUCUUCAGGCUGGUCCGGUUUAGCUUGUGAAGAUGAUGUUGACGAAUGCGCAAAUAGCACAAGCAGUUGCAAAAGUGGAGAACAGUGUAUUAACAGAAUGGGUGGCUUCGAUUGUCUGUCUUGCAAUCCUAAUCCAUGCAUCCACGGUAACUGUUCUAUUGAUGCGAGUUCUUCUAGAACGGUGUGUAACUGUGAAUCAAAUUGGGCGGGCGAAAAGUGUGAUCUGGUGGAUAACUGCAAUUCCAAUCCAUGUACCAAUGGCUACCGAUGUACCAACGAAGAGGACGGAUUCCGUUGUCAUAAUCCGUGUCUAUCAUCCCCUUGUGGAAACAACGGAACGUGCAGGGCCUUCAACGGAUCUCAUGCAUGUAAUUGUUCAAGUGGAUAUUUAGGAUCGAAUUGUGAACAGAAGGACUUCUGUGACAGCCAGCCAUGUCAAAACGCUGGAAAUUGCAGCAACGAACUGAAUGGUUUCAAUUGCGCUUGCCCAUCGGGUUAUGCUGGAAAGGCAUGCGAAAUCAUUGAUUACUGUGAGUCCGAUCCCUGCCAGAACAACGGGUCGUGUUCGCUUAAUGCAACCGGGUCUCAGAACUACACAUGCGUCUGUUCGUUUGGUUUUACCGGACCUAACUGUAACCAGACCGAUUUCUGUGCCCCUGACCCAUGUGUCCACGGAUCAUGCUCAAUUUCCAACAAUACCUAUAACUGUAGCUGUAAAGUUGGGUGGUAUGGAGACAGGUGUCAGAUGGAAGACUUCUGUCGUCAGACUCCGUGCGCAAACAACGGAAGCUGUACAAACCAUAACCAAACAUAUUCUUGCGCAUGCGCAGAUGGGUGGCUGGGUGAUAACUGCACUGACACCGAUCCUUGUUAUCCCCCGAAAUGUUUCAAUGGAGCUACGUGUAUUCCUUAUUCCGGCAAUUUUUACUGCAGGUGUUCAUCAGGAUAUACGGGUCUAAACUGCACAGAAGACAUUGAUGAGUGUGCAGGGAAAAAUAAUUGUCCACAGUUUUUGUCUUGUAAGAAUACACCGGGAUCUUAUACAUGCGAGCCACCUCAUCCGAGGUCAUUUGCUGGCAGGAGACGUGGUUCCUCCAAGCUGAGGUUGGGAGUGUUACUGACCGGCAGUAACUAUGAGGCCUUUAUCACUGCCCUGAAACAUGGACUGGUCGACCUGGCCAUCUGCGACUCUGAGGAGAACGUCGAUGUCUCUGUGUUGCUCAUCGAGCAGGAUCUUGACUUCAACGAAUCAGAAGUUACAAUGAAUGCAUUGUGCAGAGGAAAGCCAAUAUCGCUACAAGAUCUAAAGACAGUCUUGCCAAGAUUCAUCACAGUAUAACGCAUUCGCAAGCUAAGACUUACAUAAAUUGGUGAAUUAUUUGUGUCGAAGUGAACCUAAUAUAUAUAAUCAUUUCGAGUUUCUUUGUGUCCAUAUUCACCAUUGUUCCAACAUUGUAGGAAGCUUACUACAUUAUUAUCACAAUAUACAUGUGUAUAUGUUAUUUGUCUUUUUGUUUUACACUUACAUUGAAAGAGCAAAGUUAACCGUAAUUACAAUUGUAUCGAUAUCUCAUAUUUAUACACCUGACAAUUUUUUUUCAUGACUUUGAUGUAUUCACAUAUUUUUAAAAGUAUAUGCUUUGACCUCUGUUGUUAAAAAAAAGAAUGGGUGGUUAAUGGUCAUUAAUCAACAAUCAACUUACUAGGGCCUAGCUUGUCUCCAAUGGCAUCUGUUCAAGGUAAAAGUCUUCGAGUUUUUUCAUGUACAUUGAUUUAAAAUCACAUAUUACAAAAUAGUCAAAAUUCCAGAAAUUCCUCUACAUUUGGAGGCACAAAUAUUUCAUGACUUUGCAACGAUUAACUAUCCUCGUUGAUUAUUUUUUGGAUAAAAUUGGAUUGUUGACAUUUUUAGAUUACGAUCAGCGAUCAGCUUUUUACUUGUAAAGACUGUUGGCUGAAAAGCAUAGAUAUUAUCAAAGACCAUGUAUUUAUAAUAUCUGUAUGAAAUAAUGAUUCAGGAAAAAUGUUGUGAAGAACAUUUAUACUAAGUCUUACAAUUGUAGUCUAGAUAUUCAAUGUAUCUCUUGUAUGAUUGUGUGUAUGAUCUUGUAAUAAAUAUGGUAUUCCUAGUUACA